CCUAGACUGCUGCUCCUCGGGACACUGAGACUGACCAGCAGGACGCACGAGAGACCAUGAAGAUCCUGCUCCUUCUCACCCUCCUGGCUGCCUUAGCGGUGGCAGUGUUGUGUUAUGAAUCUCACGAAAGCAUGGAAUCCUAUGAAAUUAAUCCCUUCCUUAACAGGAGAAACGCAAAUACCUUUAUAUCCCAGCAUCAGAGAUGGAGAGCUAAAGCCCAGGAGAGAGUCCGAGAGCGCACCAAGCCCGCCUACGAGAUCAAUCGGGAAGCCUGCGACGACUACAAGCUUUGCGAACGCUACGCCCUGCUUUACGGGUACAACGCUGCCUACAACCGCUACUUCAGGCAGCGCCGAGGGGCCAAGUGAGACAGGAAAAAAAUUCUCUUUUCUUCUGGAGGCUCGUGCCUGGUUGUGUACCCCCUUGCAGUAGCAUUAUUGAAAUAUAUAGACUCAUCUACAAUGCUUGUUUCCUGUAUAUUCUCUGGCUGGCUGCGCUCUUCCCUGCCCCAGAUAGAUGAGUAAUCCAAGUGCCGUGAAGGUCACAGGGAAGUGGAGAUGUAUGAUUAUUACAUAAUAAAUGUGUGGUUCGAUCCUCUCA